AUGGCACAGGCUCUACUCACUCGCUCGCUUCUGGGCUGGCUCAGUCGCGUCGUGGCGGUCCUCUUCGUCUUGUGGCUGUCUCCCACCGUGCUUGGCUCACUGGGGCUUUUCAAAGAUACUCCGGCAGACUUCUCCGCCACUAAUCCCUGGCGAGAUCUACCUGCGGACCCAGCAAUUCAUGACACUCUCCGAGAGAUUCUUCUCAUUGGAGACACGCUCCGGGAUGGCAUGCUGCCGACAUCACUGCCGGACGAUGACUAUGACACCUAUUCCGCCAUGCUGCGGAGUCUGGAAGGCAGGGAGGACCUCACGUGGCUCAUAAUUCAAGAAACGCGCAUCGACAAGACGAUAUCUGCGAUUGCCAACCGUGGCGGACACUAUAGCCCGAUUCCAGAUGAACCCCACAACUUACAAGACCGCAUAUCAAAGCUCGAUAACCACUGGUGGGCACUUUCCUCGGCCAAGGACAAGCCGGAGCGGUGGGAAGCAAAGUUCGACACGACCUACCUGCCAUCGCUACUCAGCGGAAGCGCCCUGGACCCAAGCGAAAAGUCCAAAGGAUUCAAGUUGGACCUGUCACCUGCCCAAAAGGCCGAGGCUGAGGCCAAGUACAAGGCCUACCGCAAGAGAAGAGACCGCGCCGUCGCGUAUCUCAAGAAAAACCCGCCCAAGCCAAUGGCAUGGGCUCCAAUUGAGACUGGCCCGGAGAUGGAACGAAGUGUCUGGGGGACGUUAUUCCAUGACGGGCUCGCACAGGCUGGGCGGAAAGUAAUGGGAAAGCAGUUGGCGGGAAACCCCAUGUUCAAGCCCCUCUAUCGGGACCUCAUCACGGAGCGUAUCCCGUAUGACUGGGUCGAUCCGAGCCAACCUGUGGAAGAGUACAACGAGCAGGAUCACUUGAAGGAGAUGGAGGCAUUCCGCGAAGAAUCUCGCCUGAGGCAGGAGAGGACGGUCAAACAAGCAAAGUUCCAGGAGGAGCUGAGGGCCGAGGAAAGGCGGAAGCGGGGGGACAAAGAGGAGCUCUAA